AGAAUGCUCCUUCCUAAAGAUCCUCGAGGGAAUUUCGAAGGAUUUUCCAAAGAAUGAAAAGCUUCGCGAAUUGUGGCGGUGAAACAUUAAUCAACAAAAUUGGAUACAAAUUACAACAUCACAGGCUUGUGAGCGUGAAGAAAAAUUCUAUGAAAUGUAAUGUGUAAUCAGUGAUCGGCAUUUUUCCAUCAGUAUCAGAAUAAAUAAACUAUUACUACAACUUGUUAUAAUUUUCCUGCUUUUUUCUAAACGGAAUAUUUUUCACUGAAUUCAUACUUGUCUUUUAAAGAGAGAACAUUAUAUUGAGACGAUGCGAUUUAUUCUCGCGAUUUAUGUAUUUGGAAUAUUUUUUUCCUAUGGAGUAUUUUGCAGUAGUUCCGAAAAACCUGGCAAUGAUCAGAAGAUCUCACUUGAGAAAGUUGCUCACGUUCGUGGGCUUUCAGAAGGUCCUCAUUGGGACGUGAGAACUCAGAAGCUUUACUUUGUCCAAAUUUGGAAGCAACUUAUUUAUAGUUACAAUCCAGCGACAGAAGAAGUCUUUUACGCUUACAUAAAGAAUGGUCCCGUCAGCAUAGUCUCAACAAUCGAGGACACUCCUGGUAAAUUACUUGUAGCAUCUGGUACUGAUAUUGUAUUAGUCACUUGGGAUGGUGAAAGUAAUGAUGAUAAUCCUGAAAUCAAAGUAUUAUUAAAUAGUAUUGAAAAAGAUAAAAAAGGCUACAGAUUUAAUGAUGGAAAGGUCGACGCCCUUGGAAGAUUUUGGGCAGGAACGAUGUGUCAGCUUAACCAUAAAAAUAUACCAAAAGUGGGAACUCUCUACAUUGUAGAAGAUGAUGUAAAUGGAAAAUUGAAUAUUGAAACAAAAAUCUCUUCAGUUUCCAUAAGCAAUGGCUUAGACUGGCAGAGUGACAAUAAAGUAUUUUAUUAUAUAGAUACCCUGACAGAUAAAGUUUUCGCCUACGAUUUUGAUGUAUCUUCUUCGAACAUCACGAAUAAAAGAGUCCUUAUUGAUGUUAAGGAAAAAGGAUUCAAAGGAUAUCCAGAUGGCAUGACAAUCGACACUGAUGGAAACCUCUGGGUUGCUUUAGUUCAUGGAUCUAAAGUACUUCACGUGGAUUCAAAAAGCGGCACUAUCCUGAAAGAAAUUGAUUUCCCAGUAAAGAUGGUAACGAGUGUCGCUUUCGGCGGUCCCAACUUGGAUAUUUUAUACGUAACAACAGCCACCUACGAUUUUCCAGAUAAAAUUGUUGACGAAAACGGUGGUCCAAUUUUCGCACUGAAAAAUCUUGGAGUGAAAGGAUUCCCUCCACAUUUAUUCAAGUUGAACAAUAAUUACGAAUGAAUAUCCUAUUAUUGAAAAUCAAGUUAAGUGCCUAAAUUAAAAAAAAAAAGUUAAAUUAAAAUUGUAUUUUAGUGGGAUAAAUGAUGGAAUAGAAAUAAAAUACUACCUUCUUUUUGUAUCAAAUUCUUCAUUUAUUUGUAUUUUUACGCAUAUAUCAGGAAAAUAUAAAUAA